AGGAUCAUGGACUUGGUUCAGAUCUUCACCUCGUCAGUGCACGUAGUAAUAUGUACUCAAAGUGUGGGGCAAUCGACAUAGCUCGGGGUUUAUUUGAUGGUUUGCUGCAAAGGGAUGUAAUUUCAAGGAAUGUAAUGAUCUGUGGUUAUACACAUAAGAGCCACUAUAAAAGAGGCCCUGAUGCCCUUUUGGUUGAUGCUAUACAAUCAAAUACAGAGCCUAAUGAUGUCACAUUCUUAGGCAUUCUUCCAGCUUGUGAUCAUUUAGGAGCUCUUGAUCUUGACAAGUGGAUUCAUGCUUAUAUAGAUAAGAACUUCCAGAGUUUUACCAAUACCUCCCUCUGGACAAGCCUUAUCGGCAUGUAUGCAAAAUACAGAAACAUCGAGGCAGCAAAGCAAGUCUUUAAUGGUAUGGAAGCCAAACCUUGGCUUCUUAAAAUGGGCAUGCAACCCUUGAUCUUUUCUCGAAAAUGGAGGAUGAAGGAUUUAAACCAAAUGCUACCACAUUUGUGGGAGUUUUAUCUGCUUGCAACCAUGGUGGUCUUGUAAACCUUGGACGCCAAUACUACAGCUCCAUGACCACGUAUUAUCAUAUUUCCCCAGAACUGCAUAACUAUGGAUGCAUGAAAGAUCUUCUAGGGCGAGCCGGGUUAUUUGAUGAAGGUCUUCAUGAAGAGCAUGGAAAUGAAGCUAGAUAAUGCUGUGUGGGGUUCUCUGCUUGGAGCUUGUAGACUCUACAGGCGGGUGGAGCUGCGUGAAUAUGUUGCCAAACAUCUGUUCGAAUUGGAGCCUGAAAAUGCCAGGUCUUAUGUUCUGCUAUCAAAUAUCUAUGCAGGAGCUGGCAGGUGGGAUGAUAUGGCAAGAAUAAGAACGUCCAGGCUGAAUGACAUGGGAAUCAAGAAAGUUCCUGGCUCUACCUCUAUUCAGGUCGAUAAUGUUGUUCAUGAGUUUCUCGUAAGUGACAAAUCGCACCCCUUAAGCAAAGAAAUCUACAAGAUGCUGGAAGAAAUCAACAGGCGUUUGUAUACGGCUGGAUUUGUGCCAGAUACAUCGGAGGUGCUCUACGACAUAGAUGAGGAGUGGAAGGAAGUGGCUUUUAGUCAUCACAGUGAGAAGUUGGCCAUCGCUUUCAGUUUGAUCAGCACGAAGGCAGGCACAACGAUUCGAAUCGUAAAGAAUCUUUGUGUUUCUGGAAAUUGCCAUUCGGCUAGAAAGCUGAUAUCCAAUAUUUUUAAUAGGGAGAUUAUUGCAAGAGAUGGCAACCGUUUCGACCAUUUUAGAGAUGCUUCUUGUCCAUGUAAUGUCAAUUGGUGGUAAAAACCACUUGUACAUUUUAUAUAUAUGCUUAGGCCAUUAAAUUGGAAAAACAAGGGCCAUUUUAAAUCCUCUCUGCAGU